AUGGAGGUGCCGCAGAUUCACCAGAGCAGGUACCCGCCUGUGCCGUUGCCCUCCGACAUCUCCCUGGCCGACUUCGUCCUGAACUCGGCCGCCUUCGGUUCGGCACCCGACCGUGCCAUCCUGGCCGACCCCCAAGGCCGCACCCUCACUCCCCUCCAACUGCGUCGAGCUGUCCGCGCGGUGGCGGCCGGUCUCCAUGAAGACGGGGUGAGGAAGGGCGACGUGGUGUGCUUGUUUGCGCCGAACGUCCUGGAGUACCCGAUCGCCAUCUACGCCAUCGCCACCCUUGGCGCGGUGUGCACCACGUGCAGUCCGCAGUACACCGCCGACGAACUGGCGCGACAGCUCAACGACGCCGGCGCCACCUACCUCAUCACCUUCUCUCAGUUCCUGGAGAAGGCCGAGGUCGCAUUGAAGGCCGUGGGCGGCGCAGCGGCGAUCAAGCGGGUGUACGUGAUCGGGAAGUCGGCAUCGAGCGGCGACGCGAAGCCGUUCACGCAGCUGCUGGCCUGCACCAGCGCGCCGCCGCAGGUGAAGAUCGACCCCAAGACCGACCUCGUCGCCCUGCCCUAUUCCAGCGGCACCACGGGCCUCAACAAGGGCGUGGCCCUGACCCACUUCAACCUCUAUGUGGGCAUGGAACGUAGCGUGGGGCCGGGCGACGUGUUCCUGGCCACGUUGCCCUGGUUCCACAUCUACGGCAUGGUGAUAGUCAUGCACGCGGGUCUCUACCGCGGCGUCAAGCUGGUGGCCCUGCCCUCGUUCGACCUCGCCUCCUACCUGCGGCUCACGCAGGAGCACAGGGUGACGGUCGCGCACAUCGUGCCGCCCAUCGCGCUCUUGCUGGCCAAGCACCCCAGCGUCGCGCAGCACGACGUGUCCUCGCUCCGGGCCGUCUUCUCGGGCGCCGCCCCGCUCUCGCGAGAGGUCGAGGAUCAGCUGCGGCAGCGUCUGCCCAAAGUGCGCAUCAUCCAGGGCUAUGGCAUGACCGAGAUGUCGCCUCUCUCCCACGUGUGCCUCCUCACCGACGACGCGGUCCCGCCCGGCUCGCUGGUGCCGAAUUGCGAGGCCAAGCUGGUCCACUUGGAGACGGGCCAGCCUCUCAAGUCCUACGACGACGAGGGCGAACUGUGCGUGCGUGGUCCCAACAUCAUGCAGGGUUAUUUAAAUCGGCCGGACGCCACCAAGGAGACUAUCGACGCCGACGGCUUCCUCCACACGGGCGACAUCGCCAAGGUAGACCGCGAGGGGUACUAUUUCAUCAUCGACCGCGCCAAGGAGCUCAUCAAAUACAAGGGCUUCCAGGUGCCACCGGCAGAAUUGGAAGCGAAGCUGCUGGACCACCCGGCCAUCGCCGAUGUGGCCGUCGUGGGCAUACCCGACCCCUACGCUGGCGAGCUGCCCAAGGCUUUCGUGGUGAAGAAGGCCGACGCUGGCGAGCUGCGGGGGAAGGACGUGGUGGAGUGGCUCGACAAGAAGGUGGCGCCCUCCAAGCGGCUCCGCGGAGGAGUGCAGUUCGUGGAGGCCAUUCCCAAGUCGGCGAGCGGCAAGAUCCUGCGCCGCCUGGUCAAACAGCUCCACCGCGAGGGGACCUCGGCCGACGGCCACCACCAUCACCACCACCCCUUCCCCGGCAGCACCCCCGCCAAGCUGUAA